GUGCGGGGUGUGCCUGUCAACAAACUGCCACUUAACACGAGCUAGUUCACUAUCUGAACAAAGCUGAAGCUUCUCUUCUGUCUCAACUCCUAUCACUAAGCUCGCUUCUUGUCACAUUCCUCGUCAUGGCGGAUGAUCAGGCAAAAAAGCCCGCCGUUCUGAUCGUGGGUGGUCUUGGGUUCAUUGGUCGCCAUCUUGCCCUGCAUAUCCACGAAAACAACCUGGCCUCGGAAGUCCGACUGGUCGACAAAGUCCUCCCUCAGCUUGCCUGGUUGGCCCCUGAGUUUCAAGAAGCUUGCUCGAAAGACAAGUUUGUCCAAGCUGAUGCCAGUCGAGAACAGCACUUUCCCCGGAUCUUUGACCGUGCCAACGGCGAACAGUUCGACUAUGUGAUAAACUGUGGUGGAGAAACCCGACACUCGCAGCCUGAUGAUGUUUACGAGGUCCGCAGCUAUGCCCUCACCGUUGCCCUCGGUCGCGAAGUCGCCCGUCGAGGCAUCCGCUCUUUCGUCGAGUGCUCGACUGCACACGUUUACAAAGGUGGCUCGAGUCCGCGCAAGGAGGACGACAAGUUGCAGCCCUGGCACAAGCUCGCUAAGUGGAAGAUGAAGGCCAGUGAGGAGCUGCAGAAGAUCCCCAACCUUCACUACUGCUUGCUUCGGUUGCCACACGUCUAUGGCGAGUAUGAUUCCGGUUAUUUUGCAAUGGGUAUCUGCCUUGCGCGAGUUCACUUGGAAUUGCAGAAGAACUUGGAACUUCUGUACACAAAGGACCUGAAGAUCAACACAAUCUACAUCAAAGAUGCAGCAGGUGCGCUCUGGAAAGCAGCAGAAUGGAGGGCAAGCGCUCCGACGGAUGGGUCGGCCCCCAUUGCUUUCAACGUGGUCGACCAUGGUGACACUCGCCAAGAGCACAUAGCAGAUGCUCUGUCGGAGGUGUUCGGCAUGAAGGUCGAGUUCCUCGGUUCUUUGGCAUCUCAAUUCGCUAAGAUGAACCUGGACGAUGUUGUGGAUGAUAUGAACGAGGAGUGCCUGCAGGGCUGGGCCGACCUGCUUGAAGAGAAGAAAAUUCAUAGGCCAGGACCGAUCAGCCCGUUCUUGGAGCGGGAUGUUCUCAGGGACCAGGACAUGUCCAUCGAUGGCACAUUGUUUGAAAAGACCACAGGCUGGAAGCCUACUCGUGAGCGCUUCGAUGCUGAUGCUGUUCGGGCCAUGGUUGAAAGCUACAAACGAAUGGGCUGGUGGCCUUAAACAUAUGGGUCGACGCGAAUCUCCUUACCGACCACCACUUUCUAAACAUGAUACGCGCAAGUGUCAUCGCGACCGAUU